ACAUGUUAUGUUAUUUUUGUUUUGAUCCGGCUUUAGUAAUAUUUAAAUAUUAAACUCGCUAAUUUAUUUUGCAACCACAAUAUAUUACCAUACAUUAGAAAAUGGUAAUCGCUAUCGGCUUCGAAGGCAGUGCUAACAAAAUUGGGGUUGGUAUUGUCCGGGAUGGAGAUGUGCUAGCAAAUGUGCGCGAAACUUACAUUACUCCGCCGGGCGAAGGAUUUUUGCCUAAAGAAACCGCACAGCAUCAUCGCUCCAGAAUUCACGAUAUUCUGAAGCGUGCCCUGAUUGAGUCGGGAAUCGCCCCGGCGGACAUUGAUGUUGUAUGUUACACUAAAGGUCCAGGGAUGGCACCUCCCUUAUUGGCCGUCGCUAUCGUCGCACGUACUGUCGCCCAAAUUUGGGAUAAACCUAUACUUGGAGUUAACCACUGUAUCGGACAUAUUGAGAUGGGACGAUUGAUAACUAAGGCGGUAAACCCUACGGUUCUGUAUGUUAGCGGGGGAAAUACGCAGAUAAUUUCGUAUGCCUGCAAACGUUAUCGGAUUUUUGGCGAAACUAUCGAUAUCGCAAUCGGGAAUUGUUUGGACCGGUUUGCUCGCAUUAUCAAACUGUCCAAUGAUCCAAGUCCGGGUUACAACAUUGAACAAAUGGCAAAGAAGGGAUCCAAGUACCUUCCGUUGCCAUAUUCAGUCAAAGGAAUGGACGUUAGUUUUUCCGGUAUAUUAUCAUUCAUUGAACAAAAAGCGCGACCGAAAGGAAACCAGAGAAAGCGAGCAUCCGCGGUAGAGCCAGAGAAGUGGUCCGAUGAAGAUCUAUGUUUCUCACUGCAGGAGACGCUUUUCGCAAUGCUGGUUGAAACCACCGAGAGAGCAAUGGCCCACUGUGGAUCCAGCGAGGUGUUGAUCGUUGGAGGGGUGGGUUGCAAUGAGCGACUGCAAGAGAUGAUGGGAAUAAUGUGUGAGGAGCGGGGAGCGAAAUUAUUUGCAACCGAUGAGCGUUUCUGUAUCGACAAUGGGGUGAUGAUUGCCCACGCUGGGUGGGAAAUGUUCCGCAGUGGAACAAGAAUGAACUGGGAAGACGCUACUAUCACGCAACGGUAUCGGACCGAUGAAGUUGAAGUGACUUGGAGAACCGAUUAGGUAGGUGUGCAGGUGCGCUAAAUAAGAAAUUUACAGAUAUGAAAAUCGUUCAAGCAAUGUAUUGUGAACAGAAAGAAAUCCUAUUUUUUUAAAUACCACUUACGCUCAAUGAAGCUUGAUAAGCAAUCAUUUUACUUUCUAAUAAAA